AUAUGCAGCACCACCGGGCAUCAAGCGCAGGAAUGCCCUACCCACAAAACGAAAUGCUCGCACUGCGGAGAAGCGCACACUUCGACAAAGUGCACAAAAAUAAAUAAUCCAGUCUGCCCUAAUUGCAGUGGGGAACACCCGGCAUAUUCUCUCAAAUGCCCAAAACGAGCCACCCAACCUGAGAACCCAAAGGAAGUAGCUCCAGUAACAAUUAAAGAACCCACCACAACAGUACUGACAAAACAAAUAGAAACAAUAAUAAAACUACAAACAACACUUCUUCUAAACAUCCUCCCGGACAGGAGAACCGAAAUCCUCACAAUUACCAACGAACUCUGCAAGACCAUACUGGAGCACACAAUAUUCGCCACAGCACAAGGGAAUAAAAUCGAAUAUGUAUUCACCGAAAUGACACCUGAAACAAAUGAACAGUAGACACACGAAGCAAGAAAAUGGGCGUUUA